AUGUCCAGCGGCGUUGAAGCCCCCGGCCAACGACGACCCGGUAUCUGGUCCUACCUCAGCUUCACGGGCCCUCGCCGCCGCGUGUCCGUCACCCUCCCGCGCACCUACAACCCGCACGCCGACCCGCACAGCGACCCGCACGAGAAGCCCGACCGCCAUUCGCGACACCGCUCGACCCCCUCCACAGGCUACAUGGGCGACUUCAAGGGCUCCGCGAUGAUGAACCAGGGGCAGCGCCUGCGCUACCUGAAGACGGGCGGCGUCAUUGCCUUUGUCCUGCUGGUGCUGUACUUUAUCGCGCCGCGCGACGGCUUGGCGAGAGGAACACCAUCGACCGGCGGCAACACAGCGGCGGGCGGCGCCAAGGCGACGUGCACCAAGUCGUACUCCAAGGACAAGCCGCUCAUCCAGUACGCGCUCAUGAUCGACGCCGGCAGCACAGGCUCGCGCAUCCACGUCUACAAGUUCAACAACUGCGGGCCGAGCCCCGAGCUCGAGAGCGAGGUCUUCGAGAUGACGCCCAAGCGGGAGGGCGGCUCUGGCCUGUCGUCGUACGGGGACGACGCCGAGGGCGCUGCGAAGAGCCUGGACGUGCUCAUGGACAAGGCCGUCGCGAGCGUGCCCCCGGAGUACCAGCGCUGCUCGCCCAUUGCCGUCAAGGCCACGGCCGGCCUGCGCAAGCUCGGCGAGGAGAAGAGCAACAACACCCUGCGCGCUGUCCGCAACCGUCUGGAGACCGUCUACCCCUUCCCCCUCGUCUCCGAGGAGAAGAACGGCGUCGAGGUCAUGCCCGGUGAGAUGGAGGGCGUCUACGCCUGGAUCACCAUCAACUACCUGCUCGGCAAGAUCGGCGGCCCGGACAAGACGCCCACCGCUGCCGUGCUCGAUCUCGGCGGUGGCUCGACCCAGAUCGUCUUCCACCCGACGUUCCCCGAGGCUCCUCGCGGUGGACUCCCCAGCAAACUCGCCGAGGGCGACCACAAGUACGCUCUGCAGUUUGGCGGCCGCGACUUUGAUCUCUACCAGCACUCGUACCUGGGCUACGGCUUGAUGGAGGCCCGCAACAACCUGCACAGCACCAUCCUCGACGCCCUCUACCAGCAGAACAAGGACACGGGCGCAACAGACUACCUCAAGGCGCCCAUCGUCAACCCCUGCAUCGCGCCCGGGAUGAGUCGCGAGAUCGACGUCAAGCUGCCCAAGGGCCACGCGCUGGGCGACGCAGUAACAGUCAACAUGACGGGCCCCUCCCACGGCGCACCAACGCAGUGCCGCGGCUGGGCAGAGAAAACACUACACAAAGACGACGAGUGCAAGCUCGCGCCCUGCGCAUUCCGGGGCGUGCACCAGCCCCCCUUCGAGCAGACAUUCGCCACCGAGCCCGUGUACCUGCUCUCGUACUUCUACGACCGCACACAGGACCUCGGCAUGCCAUCAUCCUUUACGCUGCGCGAGCUGCAGAGCAUCGCGCACUCGGUGUGUCAGGGCGCGUCUGCAUGGGACGUCUUCAGCCCGGUCCCCAAGGCCCUCGAGGAGCUAAAGGGUCGCCCGGAGUGGUGCCUUGAUUUGAAUUUCCAGCUCGCGCUGUUGCAUGAGGGGUAUGGGAUGCCGCUUGAUCGCGAGGUGAGGAUUGCCAAGCAGAUCAAGGGUAAUGAGCUGGGGUGGUGUUUGGGCGCUUCGCUCCCGCUGCUCGAGAAGGAGUCGGGCUGGCAGUGCAAGAUCAAGGAGGUCAGCUAG